AAAUGGAAGAGAAAAACUUCAUGCCUGGUGAAGAAUCAUUUAGUUACUCACAGACCCAUAAAACAGAAGCUAGAAAUCUUAAUACCCACAUGACAAUUCACACUGGAGAGGAGCCGUACACCUGCAAACUGUGUGGGAAGAGUUUCUCACUAAAAGGAAAUCUUAAGACUCACAUGAGAAUUCACACUGGAGAGAAGCCAUUCAAAUGCUGUCAGUGUGGAAAGAGAUUUACACAGAAAAAAACCCUUUCAGUCCACAUGAGAAUUCACACUGGAGAGAAACCUUACACCUGCAAACCAUGUGGGCAGAGUUUCACUCAAAAACAAGGCCUUAAAGGCCACUUGAAAAUCCACACUGGAGAGAAUCUGUUCACAUGCCCUCAGUGUGGAAAAAGUUUUACACAGAAAAAAAACCUUGAUACCCACAUGAGAAAUCACGCUGGAGAGAAGCCUUACACCUGCAAACUGUGUGGGAAGAGCUUCUCACUAAACGGACAACUUAAGACUCACAUGAAGAUUCACACAGGAGAGAAACCGUUCACAUGCUCUCAGUGUGGAAAGAGUUUUAAAGAGAAAAGAGGUCUUAAUGUCCACAUGAGAAUUCACACUGGAGAGAAGCCGUUCAUCUGCUCUCAGUGUGGAAAGAGUUUUAAACAGAAAAGAGAUCUUAAUGGCCACAUGACAAAUCACACUGGAGAAAAGCCUUACGAAUGCAAACUGUGCGGGAAGAGCUUCAUGCAAAAAGAAAAUUUUAAGACUCACAUGAGAAUUCACACUGGAGAGGAUCCGUUUGUUUGUGAUCAGUGUGGAAAGAGCUUCAGAUGUAGAGAAUACCUUAAUCAUCACAUGAGGAUUCACUCAGGAGAGGACUGUUUUAUAUGUCAUCAGUGCGAAAGGAGUUUCACAGACAGGAAUCAACUUGAGAAUCAUGUAAAAAUUCACAUCGGGGAGAAGCCUUACAUGUGCCAUCAAUGUGGAAUGAGUUUCACAAACCGAGCAAACCUGGAGGAUCACAUGAGAAUUCACUCUGGAGAGACACCUUUCACCUGCAAACUGUGUGGAAAGAGCUUCACAAUUAAAGGAGACCUUAAUAUUCACAUAAAGGUUCACUCUGGAGAGCAGCCUUACAAGUGUCAUCAGUGUGAAAAGAGUUUCUCAGACAGGAAUCACCUUGAGAGUCAUGUAAAAGUUCACAUCGGGGAGAAGCCUUUCUUGUGCCCUCACUGUGGAAAGGGCUUCAUAUACAGAGCAAACCUUGAGUAUCACUUAAGAAUUCACACUGGAGAGAAGCCUUUCACCUGCCCUCAGUGUGGAAGGAGCUUCACGGUUAAAGGAAACCUUAAGCUGCACAUGAGAGUUCACACUGGAGAGAAACCUUACAAGUGUGUUCAGUGUGACACGAGUUUCACAUAUCACAUAAGCCUGAAACAGCAUUUGCAAAAUAAUUGUGAAAAGAAUUUCUCGUUUUCCUUCGUGUGACAAGAGGUUUUGAAAAAGGUGUAAUUUCAGCAACCAUCUGUGCAUUCACUCUGGGGAAAGACAAUUUAAUUGUGAUCAAUGCAAUAAAAUCAACACACUUAUCCAUAUGCAAAGUCGUGUAAAUGUGAGAGCCUGUUUGUGUUCUUAGGAUGACAAUAGUAAAUGCAUAUGUAGGACGGCCGCCUCAGUGCUU